AUGGGCCAUUUAAUUACACUGGCUACAUGUGCCUUGAAUCAAUGGGCUCUCGACUUUCAAGGCAACAUGGAACGCAUUCUGGAAAGCAUUCGUAUUGCUAAAGAACGUGGUGCUACAUAUCGACUCGGCCCAGAACUAGAAAUACCUGGAUAUGGAUGUAACGAUCACUUUCAUGAAGGUGACACAUAUCUUCACUCUUGGGAAGUUCUCGCUCAAUUGCUAGUACAUCCUACAUGUCAAGACAUUCUAUGUGAUAUCGGCAUGUACGUAUCUGAUAUUCAUCAUAGCAGUAUAACAAAUAAUACGAUCUCUUAUCAAGAUAAUAUCGCUAGGCCAGUGGUGCAUAAAAGCGUCAAGUACAAUUGUCGAGUAUUCAUUCUCAACAAGAAGAUUCUCUUAAUUCGGCCCAAAAUGUUUAUGGCCAAUGAUGGAAACUAUCGUGAAAUGAGAUGGUUUACUCCUUGGGCAAAAUCAAAGUUUGUUGAAGAUCAUUACUUGCCUAGAAUGGUUGAAGAAGUUACUGGUCAGACAACUGUCCCAUUUGGUGAUGGUGUUGUUGCUACUAAAGAUACCGUCGUCGGAACCGAAUUAUGUGAAGAGUUGUUUACUCCAAACAGCCCUCACAUUCACAUGUCUUUGGAUGGUGUUGAAAUCUUUGGAAAUGGAAGUGGAAGUCAUCACGAAUUCCAAAAACUUCAUACUCGCGUUGAUUUGAUUAAAGAAGCUAUGCUCAAGUCAGGAGGAAUCUACUUGUAUGCAAACCAACAAGGAUGUGAUGGGGAGCGAGUGUACUAUGAUGGUUGUGCUUUGAUAUGUGUCAAUGGCAACGUUGUAGCUCAAGGAUCGCAAUUCUCCCUUUCUGACGUGGAAGUGAUUUCCGCAACGGUUGAUAUUGAAGAUGUUCGAUCUAUGCGUGGAUCCAUCGUGAGUCGUGGAAUGCAAGCUUCAAGAGCUGAACCAUUCCCACGAGUCAGGGCUCCAAUCACACUUUCAGUCAGUGCUUUCCAUACUGAUAUCAGACCGAAUGAUCCAAUGGAAGUCCGUUAUAGUACUCCAGAAGAAGAAAUAGCUUUGGGUCCAGCAUGUUGGUUGUGGGACUACCUUCGUCGCUCAAAAUCUGGUGGAUUCUUUCUACCUUUGAGUGGUGGAAUAGACAGUUGUGCUACAGCUUUGAUUGUGUAUUCUAUGUGUCGGAUGGUCUGUGAGGCAGUACAGAAUGGAGAUAAACAAGUUUUAGCCGAUGCUCGUCGUAUGGCUGGCACUGAAACAUACACCCCAACCGAUCCAACUGAGUUUUGCAAGCGUAUAUUCCACACGUGUUAUAUGGGAACAAGUAAUUCUAGUAAUGAUACACGAUCAAGAGCCAAGUUGUUAUCAGACCGGAUCGGAAGCUACCAUGUGGAUCUGAAUAUGGACACAGUUGUUGCUGCCGUAAUGGCUUUGUUUACGCUCGUCACUGGUGCUGCUCCUAAAUUUAAAGUCUAUGGGGGCACAGAACGUGAAAACUUAGCACUUCAAAACGUGCAGGCACGUUUACGAAUGGUCCUUGCGUACCUGUUUGCUCAACUAUUGUUAUGGGUUCGUGGGCUGCCUGGAUCAUUACUAGUACUUGGUAGUGCUAACGUUGAUGAGACCCUUCGUGGAUACCUGACAAAGUACGAUUGUUCAAGUGCUGAUAUCAAUCCGAUUGGAGGAAUCAGUAAGACAGAUUUGCGGAAAUUCAUUCUGUACUCUCGUGAUGAGUAUAAACUGGAGAUCCUUGACUCCUUUUUGGAUGCACCAGCUACUGCUGAAUUAGAACCUAUAACAGCAAACUACGUUCAGGAAGAUGAGGUUGAUAUGGGAAUGACAUACAAGGAACUCUCCGUGUAUGGAACUCUGAGGAAAGUUGCAAGAUGUGGGCCAUUCAGCAUGUUCACCAAGUUGUUACAGCAAUGGGGACCAACAUUGAGUCCAGCAGAGAUCGCAGCCAAGGUCAAACGGUUCUUCUUCUUCUAUUCCAUCAAUCGACACAAGUCUACUGUAUUGCCACCAUCCUAUCACAUGUCUCCAUACUCGCCUGAUGACAAUCGGUUUGAUAUGAGACCCUUCUUGUAUAAUGCUGGUUGGGGAUGGCAGUUUGGAAAGAUUGAUGAAGCUGUCAAGACGAUAUCUUCUGGAAGUAGAAGUCAGGCUACUCUUUGA